AUGAUCUAUCUAAAAUCUCUUACUGUGAUAUAUCUAAAUCUAUCUAUCUAUCUAUCUAUCUAUCUAUCUAUCUAUCUAUCUAUCUCAAUCUGUUACUAUUAUCUAUCUACCUAUCUAUCUCAAUAUCUUACCAUGAUCUAUCUAUCUUAUAUGAUGAUCGCAGCACGGAUUAUUCUACCUCUGCACAUGUGCCCCUUGGCGUUGAAAGUCGUACUGUCCUCGUUUUGUCUUUUAUUGAUUCUGUGUGAAACAGUUUAUGUUCCUAUCGCAGUAUCGGAAGAGCUGGCUUAUGUUCCCAUCGCAGUAUCGGAGGAGCUAGCUUAUGUUCCCAUCGCAGUAUCGGAAGUGUUGGCUUAUGUUCCCAUCGCAGUAUCGGAGGAGAUGGCUUAUGUUACCUUCGAAGUAUCGGAGGAGCUGGCUUAUGUUCCCAUCGCAGUAUCGGAGGAGCUGGCUUAUGUCCCCAUCGCAGUAUCGGAGAAGUUGUCAUAUGUUACCAUCGAAGUAUCGGAGGAGCUGGCUUAUGUUCCCAUCGCAGUAUCGGAGGAGCUGGCUUAUGUUCCCAUCGCAGUAUCGGAGGAGCUGUCUUAUGUUCCCAUCGCAGUAUCGGAAGAGGUGGGUUAUGUUCCCAUCGCAGUAUCGGAGGAGCUGGCUUAUGUUUCCCAUCGAAGUAUCGGAGGAGCUAGCUUAUAUUCCCAUAGCAUAUCGGAGGAGCUGGCUUAUGUUCCCAUCGCAGUAUCGGAGGAGCUGUCUUAUGUUCCCAUCGCAGUAUCGGAAGACGUGGCUUAUGUUUCCAUCGAAGUAUCGAAGGAUCUGGCAUAUGUUCCCAUCGCAGUAUCGGAGGAGCUGGCUUAUGUUCCCAUCGCAGUAUCGGAGGAGCUGGCUUAUGUUCCCAUCGCUGUAUCGGAAAAGCUGGCUUAUGUUCCCAUCGCAGUAUCGAAGGAGCUGGCUUAUGUUCCCAUCGGAGUAUCGGAGAAGCAGGCUUAUGUUACCAUCGAAGUAUCGGAGGAGCUGUCUUAUGUUCCACAUCGCAGUAUCGGAGGAGCUGGCUUUGUUCCCAUCGCAGUAUCGAAGAGCUGGCUGGCGUUAUGUUCCAUCGAAAAAGCUGUAUCGGAAGGAAGUAUCGGAGGAUGUUCCCAUCAAGUAUCGGAGGAGCUGUCUUAUGUUCCCAUCGAAGUAUCGGAAGUAGCUGGCUUAUUUCCCAUCGCAGUAUCGGAGGAGCUGGCUUGUUCGGAUCGGAGAGCUGGCUUUAUGUUCCCAUCGCAGUAUCGGAGGAGCUGGCUUUUGUUCCCAUCGAAGUAUCGGAGGAGCUGGCUUAUGUUCCCCAUCGCAGUAUCGGAGGAGCUGGCUAAUGUUCCCCAUCGCAGUAUCGGAGAAUUUUCCCAUCGCAGUAUCGGAGGAGCUGGCUUAUGUUCCCAUCAUAGAAGUAUCGGAGGAGCUGGCAUUAUGUUCCAAUCGCAGUAUCGGAGGAGCUGGCUUAUGUUCCCAUCAGUAUCGGAGGAGUGGCUGUCUUAUCGAAGGAUCUGGCAUAUGUUCCCAUCGCAGUAUCGGAGGAGCUGGCUUAUGUUCCCAUCGAAGUAUCGGAGGUGCUGGCUUAUGUUCCCAUCGCAGUAUCGGAGGAGCUGGCUUUGUUCCCAUCUAAGUAUCGGAGGAGCUGGCUUAUGUUCCCAUCGCAGUAUCGGAAAAGCUGUUUUUGUUCCCAUCGAAGUAUCGGAGGAGCUGUCUUAUGUUCCCAUCGCAGUAUCGGAGGAGCUGGCUUAUGUUCCCCAUCGCAUGUUAUCGAAGAUCGGAAUUUGUCAGUAUCAGAAGAUGGCUUCCAAUCGAAGUAUCGGAGGAGCUGGCUUAUGUUCCCCCGCAUAUCUAUCGGAGGAGCUGGCUUAUGUUCCCAUCGCAGUAUCGGAAAAGCUGGCUUAUGUUCCCAUCGAAGUAUUUAUGUUCCCAUCGCAGUAUCGGAAGCGCUGGCUUAUGUUUCCCAUCGCAGUAUCGAAAAAGCUGGCUUAUGUUCCCCGCAUCGGAGGAGCUGGCUUAUGUUCCCAUCGCAGUAACGGAAGAGCUGGCUUAUGUUCCCCAUCGAAGUAUCAUCGCAGUAUCGGAGGCGCUGGCUUAUGUUUCCAUCGCAGUAUCGGAGGGAGGAGCUGGCUUAUGUUCCCAUCGCAGUAUCGGAGGAGCUGGCUUAUGUUCCCAUCGCAGUAUCGGAGGCGCUGGCUUAUGUUCCCAUCGCAGUAUCGGAGGAGCUGGCUUAUGUUCCCAUCGAAGUAUCGAAGAGCUGGCUUAUGUUCCCAUCGCAGUAUCGGAGAAAAAUGCUGGCUUAUGUUCCCAUCGCAGUAUCGGAAGGAGCUGUCUUAUGUUCCCAUCGCAGUAUCGGAGAAGCUGGCUUAUGUUCCCAUCGCAGUAUCGGAGGAGCUGGCUUAUGUUCCCAUUAACGGAGGAGUUGGCUUAUGUUCAUCGCAGUAUCGGAGGAGCUGGCUUAUGUUCCCAUCGCAGUAUCGGCUGGCUUAUGUUCCCAUCGCAGUAUCGGAAGUGCUGGCUUAUGUUCCAUCCAUCGCAGUAUCGGAGUAUCGGAAAGCUGGCUUAUGUUCCCAUCGCAGUAUCGGAGGAGCUGGCUUAUGUUACCCCCAUCGAAGUAUCGGAAGAUCUGGCUUAUGUUCCCAUCGCAGUAUCGGAGAGCUGGCUUCCCAUUAUGUUCCCAUCGCAGUAUCGGAGGAGCUGGCUUAUGUUCCCAUCGAAGUAUCGGAGGCGCUGGCUUAUGUGCCCAUCGCAUAUCGGAGGAGCUGGCUUAUGUUCCCAUCGCAGUAUCGGAGGAGCUGGCUUAUGUUUCCCAUCAUCGCUGGCUUAUGUUCCCAUCACAGUAUCGGAAGAAGCUGGCUUAUGUUCCCAUCAGUAUCGGAGGAGCUGGCUUAUGUUCCCAUCGCAGUAUCGGGAGGCGCUGGCUUUAUGUUCCCAUCGAAGUAUCGGAGGAGCUGGCUUAUGUUCCCAUCGCAGUAUCGGAGGAGCUGGCUUAUGUUCCCAUCGCAGUAUCGGAGGAGCUGGCUUAUGUUCCCAUCGCAGUAUCGGAGGAGCGGUUUAUGUUCCCCAUCGCAGUAUCGGAGAGCUGGCUUAUGUUCCCAUCGAAGUAUCGGAGGAGCUGGCUUAUGUUCCCAUCGCAGUAUGUUCCCAUCGCAGUAUCGGUAUCGAAGUAUCGGAAGAUUUAUGUUCCCAUGGCUUAUGUUCCCAUCGCAGUAUCGGAGGAGCUGGCUUAUGUUCCCAUCGCAGUAUCGGAGAGCUGGUAUCGUAUCGGAGGAGCUGGCUUAUGUUCCCAUCGAAGUAUCGGAGGAGCUGGCUUAUGUCCCAUCGCAGUAUGUUCCCAUCGAAGUAUCGGAGGAGCUGGCUUAUGUUCCCAUCGCAGUAUCGGAGGAUUUGGCUUAUGUUCCCAUCGAAGUAUCGGAGGAGCUGGCUUAUGUUCCCAUCGAAGUAUCGAAGAAGGAGCUGGCUAUGUUCCCAUCGCAGUAUCGGAGGAGCUGGCUUAUGUUCCCAUCGCAGUAUCGGAGGAGCUGGCUUAUGUUCCCCAUCGCAGUAUCGGAGGAGCUGGCUUAUGUUCCCAUCGCAGUAUCGAGGCGCUGGGUUCCCAUCGCAGUAUGGCUUAUGUUCCCAUCGCAGUAUCGGAGAAGCUGGCUUAUGUUCCCAUCGCAGUAUCGGAGAGCUGGCUUAUGUUCCCAUCGAAGUAUCGGAGGAGCUGGCUUAUGUUCCCAUCGCAGUAUCGGAGGAGCUGGCUUAUGUUCCCAUCGCAGUAUCGGAGGAGCUGGCUUAUGUUCCCAUCGCAGUAUCGGAGGAGCUGGCUUAUGUUCUUAUGUUCCCUUAUGUUCCCAUCGAAGUAUCGGAGGAGCUGGCUUAUGUUCCCAUCGCAGUAUCGGAGGAGCUGGCUUAUGUUCCCAUCGCAGUAUCGGAGUUCCCAUCGUGCUAGCUUAUGUUCCCAUCGCAGUAUCGGAGGCGCUGGCUUAUGUUCCCAUCGGAGGAGCUGGUAUCCAUCGCAGUAUCGGAGGCUGGCUUAUGUUCCCAUCGCAGUAUCGGAGGAGCUGGCUUAUGUUCCCAUCGCAGUAUCGGAAAGCUGGCUUAUGUUCCCAUCGCAGUAUCGGAAGAGCUGGUUUCGCAUCGCAGUAUAUGUUCCCAUCGCAGUAUCGGAGGAGCUGGCUUAUGUUCCCAUCGCAGUAUCGGAGGAGCUGGCUUAUGUUUCCCAUCAGUAUCGGAGGAGCUGUCUUUAUGUUCCCCAUCGCAGUAUCGGAAGGAGCUGGCUUAUGUUCCCAUCGCAGUAUCGGAAGUGCUGGCUUAUGUUCGCAGUAUCAGAGCUGGCUUAGUAUCGGAUCGGAGCUGGCUUAUGUUCCCAUCGCAGUAUCGGAGGAGCUGGCUUAUGUUCCCAUCGCAGUAUCGGAGGAGCUGGCUUAUGUUCCCCCAUCGCUGGCUUAUGUUCGCAGGGAGGAGCUGGCUUAUGUUACCAUCGAAGUAUCGGAGGAGCUGGCUUAUGUUCCCAUCGCAGUAUCGGAGGAGCUGGCUUGUCCCCAUCGCAGUAUGUUCCCAUACCAUCGAAGUAUCGGAGAGCUGGCUUAUGUUCCCAUCGCAGUAUCGGAGGAGCUGGCUUAUGUUCCCAUCGCAUAUCGGAGGAGCUUAUGUUCCCAUCGAAGUAAUGAAGAACUGGCUUAUGUUAUCGCAGAUCGGAGGAGCUGGCUUAUGUUCAUCGCAGUAUCGGAGGAGCUGGCUUAUGUUCCCAUCGCAGUAUCGGAGGAGCUGGCUUAUGUUCCCAUCGCAGUAUCGGAGGAGCUGGCUUAUGUUCCCAUCGCAGUAUCGAAGGAGCUGGCUUAUGUUCCCAUCGCAGUAUCGGAGGAGCUGGCUUAUGUUACCAUCGAAGUAUCGGAGGAGCUGGCUUAUGUUCCCAUCGCAGUAUCGGAGGCGCUGGCUUAUGUUCCCAUCGCAGUAUCGAAGGAGCUGGCUUAUGUUCCCAUCGCAGUAUCGGAAAAGCUGGCUUAUGUUCCCAUCGCAGUAUCGGAGGAGCUUAUCGGAGGAGCUGGUUGCGUUCCCAUCGCAGUAUCGGAGGAGCUGGCUUAUGUUCCCAUCGCAGUUCCCAUCGAAGUAUCGGAGGAGCUGGCUAUGUUCCCAUCGCAGUAUCGAAGGAGCUGGCUUAUGUUCCCAUCGCAGUAUCGGAGGAGCUGGCUUAUGUUCCCAUCGCAGUAUCGGAAGUGCUGGCUUAUGUUCCCAUCGGAGUAUCGGAGGAGCAGGCUUAUGUUACCAUCGAAGUAUCGGAGGAGCUGGCUUAUGUUCCACACGCAGUAUCGGAGGAGCUGGCUUAUGUUCCCAUCGCAGUAUCGGAGGAGCUGGCUUAUGUUCCGAUCGAAGUAUCGGAGGAACUAUUAUGUUCCCAUCGCAGUAUCGGAGGAGCUGGCUUAUGUUCCCAUCGAAGUAUCGGAGCUAUCUUGGCGUUCCAUCGAGCUGGCUUAUGUUCCCAUCGCAGUAUCGGAAGAGCUGGCUUAUGUUCCCAUCGCAGUAUCGGAGGAGCUGGCUUAUGUUCCCAUCGAAGUAUCGGAGGAGCUGGCUUAUGUUCCCAUCGAAGUAUCGGAGGAGCUGGCUUAUGUUCCCAUCGAAGGAGCAGAGUAUCGCAGUAGGAGCUGGCUUAUGUUCCCAUCGAAGUAUCGGAGGAGCUGUAUAUGUUCCAUCGAAGUAUCGGAGGAGCUGGCUUAUGUUCCCAUCGCAGUAUCGGAGGAGCUGGCUUAUGUUCCCAUCGCAGUAUCGGAGGAAGACGUGGCUUAUGUUCCCAUCGCAGUAUCGGAGGCGCUGGCUUUAUGUUCCCAUCGCAGUAUCGGAGGAGCUGGCUUAUGUUCCCCAUCGCAGUAUCCCACGGAGGCGCUGGCGUAUGUUCCCAUCGCAGUAUCGAAGGCUUAUGUUCCCAUCGCAGCUGUCUUAUGUUCCCAUCGAAGUAUCGGAGGAGCUGGCUUAUGUUUCCCCAUCGCAGUAUCGGAGGAGCUGGCUUUAUGUUCCCAUCGCAGUCGCAGUAUCGGAGGGCUGGCUUAUGUUACCAUCGCAGUAUCGGAGGAGCUGGCUUAUGUUCCCAUCGCAGUAUCGGAGGAGCUGGCUUAUGUUCCCAUCGCAGUAUCGGAGGAGCUGGCUUAUGUUCCCAUCGCAGUAUCGGAGGAGGAGCUUGCAUGUUCCCAUCGCAGUAUCGGAGGAGCUGUAUGUUCCCCAUCGCAGUAUCGGAGGAGCUGGCUUAUGUUCCCAUCGCAGUAUCGGAGGAGCUGGCUUAUGUUCCCAUCGCAGUAUCGGAGGAGCUGGCUUAUGUUCCAUCGCAUAUCGGAGGAGCUGGCUUAUGUUCCCAUCGCAGUAUCGGAGGGGCUGGCUUAUGUUCCCCAUCGCAAUAUCGGAAGAGCUGGCCCAUGUUCCAUCGCAGUAUCGGAAGACGCUGUCUUAUGUUUCCAUCCAAGUAUCGGGAAGGCUGGCUUAUGUUCCCAUCGCAGUAUCGGAGCUGGCUUAUGUUCCCCUUCGAAGUAUCGGAAGGAGCUAGCUAAUAUUCCCAUCGCAGUAUCGGAGGAGCUGUCUUAUGUUCCCAUCGCAGUAUCGGAGGAGCUGGCUUAUGUUACCAUCGAAGUAUCGGAGGAGCUGGCAUAUGUUCCCAUCACAGUAUCGGAGGUGCUGAAACAUGUUCCCCAUCGCGGUAUCGGAGGAGCUGGCUUAUGUUCCCAUCGCAGUAUCGGAGGAGCUGGCUCAUGUUCCAUCGGUAUCGGAGGAUCUAAUAUGUUCCCAUCGCAGUAUCGGAAGUGUUGUAUGUCCCCAUCGCAGUAUCGGAGGGCUGGCUCAUGUUUCCCAUCGCAUAUCGGAGGUGCUGGCUUAUGUUCCCAUCGCAGUAUCGGAUCUAGCUUAUGUUCCCAUCGUAUUGGAGGAUCUGGCUUAUUUCCCAUCGCGGUAUCGGAGGAGCUGGCUUAUGUUCCCAUCGCGGUAUCAGAGGAUCUGGCUUAUGUUCCCAUCGCAGUAUCGGAGGCGCUGGCUUAUGUUCCAUCGCAGUAUCGGAGGGCUGGCUUAUGUUUCCCAUCGCAGUAUCGGAGGCGCUGGCUUAUGUUCCCCAUCGCAGUAUCGGAGGAGCUGGCUUAUGUUCCCAUCGCGGUAUCGAAAAAGCUGGCUUAUGUUCCAUCCAGUAUCGGAGGAGCUGGCUUAUAUUCCCUUCGCAGUAUCGGAGUAGCUGGCUUAUGUUCCCAUCGAAGUAUCGGAGGAGCUGGCUUAUGUUCCCCAUCGCAGUAUCGGAGGAGUGGCUUAUGUUCCCAUCGCAGUAUCGGAGGAGCUGGCUUAUGUUCCCAUCGAAGUAUCGGAAGGAUGUUCCCCUGGCUUAUGUUCCCAUCGCAGUAUCGGAGGAGCUGGCUUAUGUUCCCAUCGCAGUAUCGGAGGCGCUGGCUUAUGUUCCCAUCGCAGUAUCGGAGGGCUGGCUUAUGUUUCCCAUCGCAGUAUCGGAGGAGCUGGCUUAUGUUCCCAUCGAAGUAUCGGAAGAGCUGGCUUAUGUUCCCAUCGAAGUAUCGAAGAGCUGGCUUAUGUUCCCAUCGCAGUAUCGGAAGGCUGGCUUAUGUUCCCAUCGCAGUAUCGGAGGGCUGGCUUAUGUUCCCCAUCGCAGUAUCGGAGGAGCUGGCUUAUGUUCCCAUCGAAGUAUCGGAGGAGCUGGCUUAUGUUCCCAUCGCAGUAUCGGAAAAGCUGGCUUAUGUUCCCAUCGCAGUAUCGGAGGAGCUGGCUUAUGUUCCCAUCAAGUAUCGGAAAAGCUGGCUUAUGUUCCCAUCGCAGUAUUGGAGAAACUUGCUUAUGUUCCCAUCGAAGUAUCGGAGGAGCUGGCUUAUGUUCCCCAUGUUUCCAUCGCAGUAUCGGAAGGCUGGCUUAUGUUCCCCAUCGCAGUAUCGGAGGAGCUGGCUUAUGUUCCCCAUCGCAGUAUCGGAGGAGCUGGCUUAUGUUCCCAUCGCAGUAUCGGAGAGCUGGCUUAUGUUCCCAUCGAAGUAUCGGAGGGCUGGCUUAUGUUCCCAUCGCAGUAUCGGAGGAGCUGGCUUAUGUUCCCAUCGAAGUAUCGGAGAAGCUGGCUUAUGUUCGAAGGUAUCGGAGUAUGGCUUAUGUUCCCAUCGCAGUAGGAGGGCCCCAUGUUCCCAGUAUCGGAGGAGCUGGCUUAUGUUCCCAUCGCAGUAUCGGAAACGUGGCUUAUGUUCCCAUCGCAGUAUCGAAGGGUUGGCUUAUGUUCCCAUCGCAGUAUCGGAGGAGCUGGCUUAUGUUCCCAUCGAAGUAUCGGAAGAUCUGCCUGUUUAUGUUCCCAUCGGCAUAUCGGAUGAGCUGUUCCCAUCGCAGUAUCGGAAAAAGCUGGCUUAUGUUCCCCAUCGCAGUAUCGGAGGAGCUGGCUUAUGUUCCCAUCGAAGUAUCGAAGGAGCUGGCUUAUGUUCCCAUCGCAGUAUCGGAAGAAGCUGGCUUAUGUUCCCCAUCGCAGUAUCGGAGGGCUGGCUUAUGUUCCCAUCGCAGUAUCGGAGGAGCUGGCUUAUGUUCCCAUCGCAGUAUCGGAGGAGCUGGCUUAUGUUCCCAUCGCAGUAUCAGGAGGAGCUGUCUUAUGUUCCCAUCGCAGUAUCGGAGGAGCUGACUUAUGUCCCCAUCCCAUCGCAGUUAUCGGAGUAUCGAAGGCUGGCUUAUGUUCCCAUCGCAGUAUCGGAGGAGCUGGCUUAUGUUCCCAUCGCAGUAUCGGAGGAGCUGGCUUAUGUUCCCAUCGCAGUAUCGGAGGCGCUGGCUCAUGUUCCCCAUCGGAGUAUCGGAGAUCUGGCUUAUGUUCCCAUCGCAGUAUCGGAAGAGCUGUCUUAUGUUCCCAUCGCAGUAUCGGAGGAGCUGGCUUAUGUUCCCAUCGCAGUAUCGGAGGUGCUGGCUUAUGUUCCCAUCGCAGUAACGGAGGAGCUGGCUUAUGUUCCCAUCGCAGUAUCGGGAGUUGGCUUAUGUUCCCAUCAGUAUGUUUAUAUCAUCCAUCGCAGUAUCGAAGGAGCUGGCUUAUGUUCCCAUCGCAGUAUCAGAAGGAGGAGCUGGCUUAUGUUCCCAUCGCAGUAUCGGAAAAGCUGGCUUAUGUUCCCAUCUAAGUAUCGGAGGAGCUGUCUUAUGUUUCCAUCUAAGUAUCGGAUGGCUGGCUUAUGUUUCCCAUCGCAGUAUCGGAGGUGCUGGCUUAUGUUCCCAUCGCAGUAUCGGAGGAGCUGGCUUAUGUUCCCAUCCAGUAUUGAAGACGCUGGCUUAUGUUCCCAUCGCAGUAUCGAAGGGCUGGCUUAUGUUCCCCAUCGCAGUAUCGGAAGCUGGCUUAUGUUCCCAUCGCAGUAUCGGAAAGCUGUCUUAUGUUCCCAUCUAAGUAUCGGGGGCUGGCUUAUUCCCCAUCGCAGUAUCGGAAGGAGCUGGCUUAUGUUCCCAUCGAAGUAUCGGAGGAGCUGGCUUAUGUUCCCAUCGCAGUAUCGAGGAGCUGGCUUAUGUUCCCAUCGGAGGAGCUGGCUUAUGUUCCCAUCGCAGUAUCGGAGGAGCUGGCUUAUGUUCCAUCGCAGUAUCGGAGGAGCUGUCAUAUGUUUCCCAUCGCAGUAUCGGAGGAGCUGGCUUAUGUUCCCAUCGCAGUAUCGGAGGAGCUGGCUUAUGUUCCCAUCGAAGUAUCGGAGGAGCUGGCUUAUGUUCCCAUCGCAGUAUCGGAGGAGCGGCUUAUGUUCCCAUCGCAGUAUCGGAAGAGCUGGCUUAUGUUCCCAUCAGUAUCGGAGGAUCUGGCUUAUGUUUCCCCAUCGCAGUAUCGGAGGAGCUGGCUUAUGUUCCCCAUCGCAGUAUCGGAGGAGCUGGCUUAUGUUCCAUCCCAUCGGAGCUUAUGUUCCCAUCGCAGUAUCGGUGCUGGCUUAUGUUCCCAUCGCAGUAUCGGAGGUUGGCAUAUGUUUCCCAUCGCAGUAUCGGAAGACGUGGCUUAUGUUUCCCAUCGAAGUAUCGGAGGAGCUGGCUCAUGUUCCCCAUCGCAGUAUUGGAGGAGCUGGCUUAUGUUCCCCAUCGCAGUAUCGGAGACGCUGGCUUAUGUUUCCCAUCGCAGUAUCGAAGGAUCUGGCAUAUGUUCCCAUCGCAGUAUCGGAAGCUGGCUUAUGUUCCCAUCGAAGUAUAGAGCUGGCUUAUGUUCCCCAUCGCAUAUCGGAGAAACUUGCUUAUGUUCCCAUCGCAGUAUCGGAAGACGUGGCUUAUGUUUCAAUCGAAGUAUCGAAGGAUCUGGCAUAUGUUCCCAUCGCAGUAUUGGAGGAGCUGGCUUAUGUUCCCAUCGCAGUAUCGGAGGCGCUGGCUUAUGUUCCCAUCGCAGUAUCGAAGGAGCUGGCUUAUGUUCCCAUCGCAGUAUCGGAAAAGCUGGCUUAUGUUCCCAUCGAAGUAUCGGAGGAGCUGUCUUAUGUUCCCAUCACUGGUAUAGCUGGCUUAUGUUAUCGUAUCGGAAAAGCUGGCUUAUGUUCCCAUCAUCGCUUAUGUUAUCGGUAUCGGAGGAGCUGGCUUAUAUUUCGCAUCGAAAGGAUCGGAGUAGCUGGCUUAUGUUCCCAUCGUAUAGGAGUUCCUUCAUGUCCCCAUCAUCAGUAUCGGAGGAGCUGGCUUAUGUUCCCAUCUAAGUAUCGGAAGACGUGGCUUGUUCCCAUCGCAGUAUCGGAGGAGCUGGCAUAUGUUCCCCAUCGCAGUAUCGGAGGCGCUGGCUUAUGUUCCCCAUCGCGGUAUCGGAGGGCUGGCUUAUGUUCCCCAUCGCAGUAUCGGAGGCGCUGGCUUAUGUUUCCCAUCGCAGUAUCGGAGGAGCUGGCUUAUGUUUCCCAUCGCAGUAUCGGAGGAGCUGGCUCAUAUUCCCAUCGAAGUAUAGGAGGAGCUGGCUUAUGUUCCCAUCGCAGUAUCGGAGGAGCUGUCUUAUGUUCCCAUCGCAGUAUCGGAGGAGCUGUCUUAUGUUCCCUUCUAAGUAUCGGAGGAGCUGGCUUAUGUUCCCAUCGAAGUAUCGGAGGAGCUGGCUUAUGUUUCCCAUCGCAGUAUCGGAGGGCUAUUUUAUGUUCCCAUCGCAGUAUCGGAGGAGCUGGCUUAUGUUCCCAUCGCAGUAUCGGAGGACGAGGUUCCCUUAUGUUCCCAUCGCAGUAUCGAAGGAGCUGGCUUAUGUUCCCAUCGCAGUAUCGGAGAGCUGGCUUAUGUUCCCCAUCGCAGUAUCGGAAGGAGCUGUCUUAUUUUCCCAUCGCAGUAUCGGAGGAGCUGGCUUAUGUUCCCAUCGCAGUAUCGGAGGAGCUGUUCCCUAUAAUAUCGGAAGUGCUGGCUUAUGUUCCCAUCGCAGUAUCGGAGGAGCUGGCUUAUGUUCCCAUCGCAGUAUCGGAGGAGCUGGCUUAUGUUCCCAUCGCAGUAUCGGAGGCUGGCUUAUGUUCCCAUCGCAGUAUCGGAGGAGCUGGCUUAUGUUCCCAUCGCAGUAUCGGAGGAGCUGGCUUAUGUUCCCAUCGCAGUAUCGGAGGAGCUGGCUUAUGUUCCCAUCGCAGUAUCGGAGGAGCUGGCUUAUGUUCCCAUCGCAGUAUCGGAGCUGGCUUAUGUUCCAUCGAAUUAUCGGAGGAUGUAUGUUCCCAUCGCAGUAUCGGAGGAGCUGGCUUAUGUUCCCCAUCGCAGUAUCGGAGGAGCUGGCUUAUGUUCCCCAUCGCAGUAUCGGAGGAGCUGACUUAUGUUCCCAUCGCAGUAUCGGAGGGCUGGCUUAUGUUCCCAUCGAAGUAUCGGAGGAGCUGGCUUAUGUUCCCCAUCGCAGUAUCGGAGGAGCUGGCUUAUGUUCCCCAUCGCAGUAUCGGAGGAGCUGUCAUAUGUUCCCAUCGAAGUAUCAAAGGAGCUGGCUUAUGUUCCCAUCGCAGUAUCGGAGGAGCUGGCUCAUGUUCCCAUCAAGUAUCGGAAAAGCUGGCUUAUGUUCCCAUCGCAGUAUCGGAAGCUGGCUUAUGUUUCCCCGAAGGAUCUGGCAUAUGUCCAACGCAGUAUCGGAGGAGCUGGCUUAUGUUCCCAUCGAAGUAUCGGAGGAGCUGGCUUAUGUUCCCAUCGCAGUAUCGGAGGAGCUGGCUUAUGUUCCCAUCGCAGUAUCGGAGGAGCUGGCUUAUGUUCCCAUCGCAGUAUCGGAGGAGCUGGCUUAUGUUCCCAUCGCAGUAUCGGAAGAGGUGGCUUAUGUUUCCCAUCGCAGUAUCGGAGGGCUGGCUUAUGUUCCCAUCGCAGUAUCGGAGGGCUGGCUCAUGUUCCCCAUCGAAGUAUCGGAGGAGCUGGCAUAUGUUCCCCAUCGCAGUAUCGGAAAAGCUGGCUUAUGUCCCCAUCGCAGUAUCGAAGGAGCUGGCUUAUGUUCCCAUCAGUAUCGGAAAAGCUGGCUUAUGUUCCCAUCGCAGUAUCGGAGGAGCUGGCUUAUGUUCCCAUCGCAGUAUCGGAGGAGCUGGCUGUUAUAUGUUCCCAUCGAAGUAUCGGAGGAGCUGGCUUAUGUUCCCAUCGAAGUAUCGGAGGAGCUGGCAUAUGUUCCCAUCGCAGUAUCGGAGGAACUGGCUAUGUUCCCAUCGCAGUAUCGGAGGCGCUGGCUUAUGUUUCCAUCGAAGUAUCGAAGACGCUGGCAUGUUCCAUCGCAGUAUCGGAAAGCUGGCUUAUGUUUCCCAUCAAGUAUCGGACUGGCUUAUGUUCCCCAUCGUUAUCAAAUGUUCAUGUCCCCAUCGGAGUAGCUGGCUUAUGUUCCCAUCGCAGUAUCGGAGGAGCUGUCUUAUAUGUUCCCCAUCGCAGUAUCGGAGGAGCUGGCUUAUGUUCCCCAUCGCAGUAUCGGAGGAGCUGGCAUAUGUUCCCCAUCGCAGUAUCGGAAAAGCUGGCUUAUGUUCCCAUCGCAGUAUCGGAGGGCUGGCUUAUGUUCCCAUCGCAGUAUCGGAGGCGCUGGCUUAUGUUCCCAUCGAAGUAUCGGAGGAGCUGGCUUAUGUUCCCAUCGCAGUAUCGGAAGAGCUGGCUUAUGUUCCCAUCGCAGUAUCGGAGGAGCUGGCUAUGUUCUAUCCAUUUGGCUUAUGUUCCAUCGCAGUAUCGGAGGUGCUGGCUAUAUGUUCCCAUCGCAGUAUCGGAGGAGCUGCUUAUGUUAUGUUCCCAUGUGGCUUAGUAUCGGAAGAGCUGGCUUAUGUUCCCAUCGCAGUAUCGGAGGAGCUGGCUUAUGUUCCCCAUCGCAGUAUCGGAAAACGUGGCUUAUGUUCCCAUCGAAGUAUCGGAGGAGCUGGCUUAUGUUCCCCAUCGCAGUAUCGGAGGAGCUGGCUUAUGUUCCCAUCGCAGUAUCGGAGGAGCUGGCUUAUGUUCCCAUCGCAGUAUCGGAGGAGCUGGCUUAUGUCCCAUCGCAGUAUCGGAGGAGCUGUCUUAUGUUUCCAUCGCAGUAUCGGAAGGAGCUGGCUUAUGUUCCCAUCGCAGUAUCGGAAACUGGCAGUAUGUUUAUGUUUCCCAUCGCGGUAUCGGAGCUUAUGUUUCCCAUCGCUGGCUUAUGUUUCCAUCGAAGUAUCGAAGGAUCUGGCAUAUGUUCCCAUCGCAGUAUCUGAGGAUCUGGCUUAUGUUCCCCUCGCAGUAUCGGAGGAGCUGGCUUAUGUUCCCAUCGCAGUAUCGGAGGAGCUGGCUUAUGUUCCCAUCGCAGUAUCGAAGGAGCUGGCUUAUGUUCCCAUCGCAGUAUCGGAAAAGCUGGCUUAUGUUCCCAUCGCAGUAUCGGAGGAGCUGGCUUAUUUUCCCAUCGAAGUAUCGGAGGAGCUGGCUUAUGUUCCCAUCGCAGUAUCGGAGGAGCUGUCUUAUGUUCCCCAUGGCUUAUGUUCCCAUCGCAGUAUCGGAGGAGCUGGCUUAUGUUCCCCAUCGCAGUAUAGGAGGCGCUGGCAUUUCCCCAUCGCAGUAUCGGAGAAGCUGUCUUAUGUUCCAUCGCAGUAUCGGAGGAGCUGGCUUAUGUUCCCAUCUAAGUAUCGGAGGUGCUGGCUUAUGUUACCAUCGCAUGUAUCGGAGGCUGGCUUAUGUUCCCCAUCGCAGUAUCGGAGGAGCUGGCUUAUGUUCCCAUCCAGUGGCUGGCUUAUGUUCCCAUCGCAGUAUCGGAGGGCUGGCUUAUGUUCCCAUCGCAGUAUCGGAGGAGCUGGCUUAUGUUCCCAUCGCAGUAUCGGAGUGAGCUGUCUUAUAUUUCCCAUCGCAGUAUCGGAGGGCUGGCUUAUGUUCCCAUCGCAGUAUCGGAGGAGCUGGCUCAUGUUCCCAUCGCAGUAUCGGAGGAGGAUCUUAUGUUCCCCAUCGCAGUAUCGGAGGAGCUGGUAUGUUCCCAUCGCAGUAUCGGAGGAGCUGUCUUAUGUUCCCAUCGAAGUAUCGGAGGAGCUGGCUUAUGUUCCCAUCGCAGUAUCGGGAGCAGUGGUUCCCCAUCGAAUAUCGAAGGGCUGGAUUAUGUCCCCAUCGCAGUAUCGGAAAAGCUGGCUUAUGUUCCCAUCCAAGUAUCGGAGGAGCUGGCUUAUGUUCCCCAUCGCAGUAUCGGAGGAGCUGGCUUAUGUUCCCCAUCGCAGUAUCGGGAAGUUGUGGCUUAUGUUCCCAUCGAAGUAUCGGAGGGCUGGCUUAUGUUCCCAUCGCAGUAUCGGAGGAGCUGGCUUAUGUUCCAUCGCAGUAUCGGAGGAGCUGGCUUAUGUCCCCAUCGCAGUAUCGGAGGAGCUGGCUUAUGUUCCAUCGCAGUAUCGGAGGGAGCUGGCUUAUGUUCCCAUCGCAGUAUCGGAAAAGCUGGCUUAUGUUCCCAUCGCAGUAUCGGAAAGCUGUCUUAUGUUUCCCAUCGAAGUAUCGGAGGAGCUGGCUUAUGUUCCCAUCGCAGUAUCGAAGGCGCUGGCUUAUGUUCCCAUCGCAGUAUCGGAGAAGCUGUCAUAUGUUCCCAUCGAAGUAUCGGAGGAGCUGCUGGCUUAUGUUCCCAUCGCAGUAUCGGAGGAGCUGGCUCAUGUUCCCAUCGCAGUAUCGGAGGGCUGGCUUAUGUUCCCAUCGCAGUAUCGGAAAAGCUGGCUUAUGUUCCCAUCGGAGUAUCGGAGAAGCUGGCUUAUGUUACCAUCGAAGUAUCGGAGGAGCUGGCUUAUGUUCCCAUCGCAGUAUCGGAGGAGCUGGCAUAUGUUUCCAUCGAAGUAUAUGAGGAUCUGGCUUAUGUUCCCAUCGCAGUAUCGGAGGAGCUGGCUUAUGUUCCCAUCGCAGUAUAGGUGGAGCGCAUGUUCCCAUCGCAAUAUCGGAGGAGCUGGCAUAUGUUUUCCCAUCGCAGUAUCCGAGACGUGGCUUAUGUUUCCAUCGAAAUAUCGAAGGCGCUGGCUUAUGUUCCCCAUCGCAGUAUCGGAGGAGCUGGCUUAUGUUCCCCAUCGCAGUAUCGGAGGAGCUGGCAUAUGUUCCCAUCGCAGUAUCGGAGGAGCUGGCUUAUGUUCCCCAUCGCGGUAUCGGAAGAGUGGCUUAUGUUCCCAUCGAAGUAUCGGAGGAGCUGUCUUAUGUUCCCCAUCGCAGUAUCGGAGGGCAUGUUCCUUCAGUAUCGGGAUCUAUGUUCCCAUCGCAGUAUCGGAAGGUGCUGGCUUAUGUUCCCCAUCGCAGUAUCGGAGGAGCUGGCUUAUGUCCCCAUCAGUAUCGGAGGGCUGGCUUAUGUUCCCAUCGCAGUAUCGGAGGAGCUGGCUUAUGUUCCCAUCGCAGUAUCGGAGGAGCUGUCUUAUUUUCCCCAUCAGUAUCGGAGGGGAGCUGGCUUAUGUUCCCAUCGCAGUAUCGGAGGAGCUGGAUUAUGUCCCCAUCGCAGUAUCGGAGCUUAGUUGUCAUAUGUUACCAUCAGUAUCGGAGGAGCUGGCUUAUGUUCCCAUCGCAGUAUCGGAGGAUCUGGCUUAUGUUCCCCAUCGCAGUAUCGGAGGAGCUGGCUUAUGUUCCCAUCGCAGUAUCGGAGGAGCUGGCUUAUGUUCCCAUCGCAGUAUCGGAGGAGCUGUCUUAUGUUCCCCGGUAUCGCUGGCUUAUGUCGGAAGAGCUGGCUUAUGUUCCCAUCGCAGUAUCGGAGGUGCUUGUCUAUGUUUCCCAUCGCAGUAUCGGAGGAGCUGGCUUAUGUUCCCCCAUCGCAGUAUCGGAGGAGCUGGCAUGUUCCCAUCGAAGUAUCGGAAGGCUGGCUUAUGUUCCCAUCGCAGUAUCGGAGGAGCUGGCUUAUGUUCCCAUCGAAGUAUCGGAGGAGCUGGCUUAUGUUCCCCAUCGCAGUAUCGGAGGGCUGGAUUAUGUCCCAUCGCAGUAUCGGAGUGCUGGCUUAUGUUCCCAUCGCAGUAUCGGAUCUGGCCUUUAUGUUCCCCAUCGCAGUAUCGGAGGAGCUGGCGUAUGUUCCCAUCGCAUAUCGGAGGAGUCCCCAUAUCGGAGGCUGGCUUAUGUUCCCCAUCGCAGUAUCGGAGGAUCUGGCUUAUGUUCCCCAUCGCAGUAUCGGAAGACGUGGCUUAUGUUCCCAUCAAGUAUCGAAGGAUCUGGCGUAUAUUUCCCAUCGCAGUAUUGGAGGAGCUGGCUUAUGUUCCCCUUCUAAGUAUCGGAGUAGCUGGCUUAUGUUCCCAUCGCAGUAUCGGAGGAUGUUCCCAUCGCAGUAUAUGUUUAUCCCCAUCGCAGUAUCGGAAAAGCUGGCUUAUGUUCCCAUCCGCAGUAUCAGGAGCUGUCUUAUGUUCCCAUGCUGGUAUCGGAGGGCUGGUUAUAUUUCCAUCGCAGUAUCGGAGGAGCUGGCUUAUGUUCCCCAUCGCAGUAUCGGAGAAACUGUCAUAUGUUCCCAUCGCAGUAUGGAGGAGCUGCUUAUAUUUCCCAUCGCAGUAUCGGAGGAGCUGGCUUAUGUUCCAUCGCAGUAUUCGGAGGAUGUUCCCAUGGCUUAUGUCUUUGUUCCCAUCGCAGUAUCAGAUUGGCUUCAGUUUCCAUCAGUAUGGCUUAUGUUUCCCAUCGCAGUAUCGGAGCAUAUUUCCCCUCUGGCUUGCUAAUGUUCCCAUCGCAGUAUCGGAGGAGCUGUCUUAUGUUCCCCAUCGCAGUAUCGGAGGGAGCUGGCUUAUGUUUCCCCAUCGCAGUAUCGGAGGAUCUGGCAUAUGUUCCCCAUCGCAGUAUCGGAGGAGCUGGCUUAUGUUCCCAUCGCAGUAUCGGAGGGCUGAGCAGUAUGCUGCUUAUGUCCCCAUCGCAGUAUCGGAGGAGCUGGCUUAUGUUCCCAUCGAAGUAUCGGAGGAGCUGGCUUAUGUUCCCAUCGCAGUAUCGGAGGAGCUGGCUUAUGUUCCCAUCGCAGUAUCGGAGAAGUUGUCAUAUGUUACCAUCGAAGUAUCGGAGGAGCUGGCUUAUGUUCCCAUCGCAGUAUCGGAGGAGCUGGCUUAUGUUCCCAUCGAAGUAUCGGAGGAGCUGGCUUAUGUUCCCAUCGCAGUAUCGGAGGAGCUGGCUUAUGUUCCCAUCGAAGUAUCGGAGGAGCUGUCUUAUGUUCCCAUCGCAGUAUCGGAGGAGCUGUCUUAUGUCCCCAUCGAAGUAUCGGAGGAGCUGGCUUAUGUUUCCCAUCGCAGUAUCGGAGAUGUUGGCUUAUGUUACCAUCGCAGUAUCGGAGGAGCUGGCUUAUGUUCCCAUCGCAGUAUCGGAGGAGCUGGCUUAUGUCCCCAUCGAAGUAGAUCGGAGCUGGCUUAUGUUCCCCAUCGCAGUAUCGGAGGAGCUGGCUUAUGUUCCCAUCGAAGUAUCGGAGGAGCUGGCUUAUGUCCCCAUCGCAGUAUCGGAGGAUCUGGCUUAUGUCCCCAUCGAAGUAUAGGAGGAGCGUUCCCAUCGCAGUAUCGGAGGGCUGGCUUCCCCAUCCGCAGUAUCGGAGGGGCUGGCUUAUGUCCCCAUCGCAGUAUCGGAGGGGCUGCUUAUGUUCCCAUCGCAGUAUCGGAGGAGCUGACAUGUUCCCCAUCGCGGUAUCGGAGGAGCUGGCAUAUGUUCCCAUCGAAGUAUCGGAGGAGCUGGCUUAUGUUCCCAUCGCAUAUCGGAGGAGCUGGCUUAUGCCCAUCGCAGUAUCGGAUGGAGCUGGCUUAUACCCCAUCGCAGUAUCGGAGGAGCUGGCUUAUGUUCCCCAUCGCAGUAUCGGAGGAGCUGGCUUAUGUUCCCAUCGCAGUAUCGGAAGAGCUGUCUUUAUGUUCCCAUCGCAGUAUCGGAGGAGCUGGCUUAUGUUCCCCAUCGCAGUAUCGGGUGCUGGCUUAUGUUCCCAUCGCAGUAUCGGAGGAGCUGGCUUAUGUUCCCAUCGCAGUAUCGGAGGAGCUGGCUUAUGUUCCCCAUCGCAGUAUCGAAGGAGCUGGUAUCGCAGUAUCGGAGCUGUCAUAUGUUCCAUCGAAGUAUCGGAGGGCUGGCUUAUGUUCCCAUCGCAGUAUCGGAGGAGCGGCUCAUGUUCCCAUCGCAGUAUCGGAAAAGCUGGCUUUUUGUAAUCGCAGUAUCGGAGGAGCUGUCUUAUGUUCCCCAUCGCAGUAUCGGAAGAGCUGGCUUAUGUUCCCAUCGCAGUAUCGAAGGAGCUGGCUUAUGUUCCCAUCGCAGUAUCGGAGGAGCUGGCUUAUGUUCCCAUCGCAGUAUCGGAGGAGCUGGCUUAUGUUCCCAUCGAAGUAUCGGAGAGCUGGCUUAUCUUUCCCAUCAGUAUCAGUAGCUGUAUUAUGUUCCCCAUCGGUAUCGGAGUUGCUUAUGUUCCCAUCGAAGUAUCGGAGUUGUCAUAUGUUCCCAUCGCAGUAUCGGAGGUCUGGUUGUUUCAUGUUCCAUCGCAGUAUCGGAGGAGCUGGCUCAUGUUCCCAUCGAAGUAUCGGAGGAGCUGGCUUAUGUUCCCCAUCGCAGUAUCGGAGGAGCUGGCUUAUGUUCCCCAUCGAAGUAUCGGAGGAGCUGGCUUAUGUUCCCAUCGCAGUAUCGGAGGAUCUGGCUUAUGUUCCCCAUCGCAGUAUCGGAAGAGCUGGCUUAUGUUCCCCAUCGCAGUAUCGGAGGAUCUGGCUUAUGUUCCCAUCGCAGUAUCGGAGGAGUCGCAGUAUCGGAGGAGCUGGCUUAUGUUCCCAUCGCAGUAUCGGAGGAGCUGGCUUAUGUUCCCCAUCGCAGUAUCGGAGGAGCUGGCUUAUGUUCCCAUCGCAGUAUCGGAGGAGCUGGCUUAUUUUCCCAUCGCAGUAUCGAAGGAGCUGGCUUGGCUUAUGUUUCCCAUGCUGGCUUAGUAUCGGAGUAUCGGAGCUGGCUUAUGUUUCCCAUCGAAGUAUCGGAGGAGCUGGCUUAUGUUCCCAUCGAAGUAUCGGAGGAGCUGGCUUAUGUUCCCAUCGCAGUAUCGGAGGAGUUGGCAUAUGUUCCCAUCGAAGUAUCGGAGGAGCUGGCUUAUGUUCCCAUCGCAGUAUCGGAGGAGCUGGCUUAUGUUCCCAUCGCAGUAUCGUAGGAGCUGGCUUAUGUUACCAUCGAAGUAUCGGAGGAGCUGGCUUAUGUUCCCAUCGCAGUAUCGGAGGAGUUGUCUUAUGUUCCCAUCGCAGUAUCGGAGGAUGUUUCCAUCGAAGUAUCGGAGGAGCUGGCUUAUGUUCCCAUCGCAGUAUCGGAGCUGCGGCAUCGCAGUAUGUUCCCAUCGCAGUAUCGGAGGAGCUGGCUUAUAUUUCCCAUCGCAGUAUCGGAGGAGCUGGCUUAUGUUUCCCAUCGAAGUAUCGGAAGAGCUGUCUUAUGUUCCCAUCGCAGUAUCGGAGGAAGCUGGCUUAUGUUCCCAUCGCAGUAUCGGAGGAGCUGGCUUAUGUUCCCAUCGCAGUAUCGGAAGAGUUGGCUUAUGUUCCCAUCGCAGUAUCGGAGGAGCUGGCUUAUGUUCCCAUCGCAGUAUCAGGAUGUUAUGUUCCAUCGCAGUAUCGGAGGGAGCUGGCUUAUGUUCCCCAUCGCAGUAGGAGGAGCUUAUGUCCCCAUCGCAGUAUCGGAUUGUCAUAUGUUACCAUCUUAUGUUCCCAUGGCAUGUUUAUCGCAAGGAGCUGGCUCAUAUUCCCAUCGAAGUAUCGGAGGAGCUGGCUUAUGUUCCCCAUCGCAGUAUCGAGGAUCUGUUUUAUGUUCCCAUCGCAGUAUCGGAGGAGCUGGCUUAUGUUCCCAUCGCAGUAUCGGAGGAGCUGGCUUAUGUUCCCAUCGCAGUAUCGGAGGAGACGGCUUAUGUUCCAUCGCCCAUCGGAGGAGCUGGUAUGUUCGGAGGCGCUUAUGUUUCCCCAUCGCAGUAUCGGAAGGAGCUGGCUUAUGUUCCCAUCGCAGUAUCGGAGUGCUGGCUUAUGUUCCAUCGAAGUAUCGGUUGAGCUGUUUUUAUGUUCCAUCUAUCGGAGUAUCGGAGGAGCUGGCUUAUGUUCCCAUCACAGUAUCGGAGGUGCUGGCUUAUGUUCCCAUCGCAGUAUCGGAGGAGCUGGCUUAUGUUCCCAUCGCAGUAUCGGAGGAGCUAUAUGUUCCCCAUCGCAGUAUCGGAGGAGCUGGUUAUGUUCCCAUCGCAGUAUCAGGAGGAGCUGGCUUAUGUUCCCAUCGCAGUAUCGGAGGAGCUGGCAUAUGUUCCCAUCAGUAUCGGAGGAGCUGGCUUAUGUUCCCAUCGCAGUAUCGGAGGGCUUCAUGUUCCCAUCGCAGUAUCAGGAGCUGGCUUAUGUUCCCCAUCGCAGUAUCGGAGGAGCUGGCUUAUAUUCCCCAGCUGGCAGUAUCGCGUAUCGGAGGAGCUGUCUUAUGUUCCCAUCGAAGUAUCGAAGACGUGGCUUAUGUUCCCAUCGAAGUAUCGGAGGAGCUGGCUUAUGUUUCCCAUCGAAGUAUCGGAGGAGCUGGCUUAUGUUCCCAUCGCAGUAUCGGAGGAGCUGGCGGCGUUCCCAUCGCAGUAUCGGAUGGCUUUAUGUUCCAUCGAAGUAUCGAAGGAACUGUCAUAUGUUCCCAUCGCAGUAUCGGAGGAGGUGGCUCUGUGUUCCAUCGCAGUAUCGGAGGCGCUGGCUUAUGUUCCCAUCGCAGUAUCGAAGGAGCUGGCUUAUGUUCCCAUCGCAGUAUAUGAAAAGCUGGCGUAUGUUCCCAUCGCAGUAUCGGAGGAGCUGUCUUAUGUUCCCUUCUAAGUAUCGGAGGAGCUGGCUUAUGUUCCCAUCGCAGUAUCGGAGGAGCUGGCUUAUGUUCCCAUCGCAGUAUCGGAGGAGCUGGCUUAUGUUCCCAUCGCAGUAUCGAAGGAGCUGGCUUAUGUCCCCAUCGCAGUAUCGGAAAAGUGGCUUAUGUUCCAUCGCAGUAUCGGAGGAGCUGGCUUAUUUUCCCAUCGCAGUAUCGGAGGAGCUGGCUUAUGUUCCCAUCGCAGUAUCGGAGGAGCUGGCUUAUGUCCCCAUCGCAGUAUCGGAGGAAGUGUCUCAUGUUACCCAUCGAAGUAUCGGAGGAGCUGGCUUAUGUUCCUAUCGAAGUAUCGAAGGAUCUGGCUUAUGUUCCCAUCGCAGUAUCGGAGGAGCUGGCGCAUUAUUGCCCAUGUCCCCAUCGCAGUAUCGGAGAAGCUCAUAUGUUACCAUCGAAGUAUCGGAAGAGCUGGCUUAUGUUCCCAUCGCAGUAUCGGAGGAGCUGGCUCAUGUUCCAUCGAAGCUGGCUUGUUAUCGGAGGAGCUGGCUUAUGUUCCCAUCGCAGUAUUGGAGGAGCUGUCUUAUGUUCCCCAUCGCAGUAUCGGAGAAGGAUCUGGCAUAUGUUACCUGGAUAUCCUUAUGUUUCCCAUCGCAGUAUCGGAGGAGCUGGCUUAUGUCCCCAUCGCAGUAUCGGAGGAGCAUAUAUGUUCCCCAUCGAAGUAUCGGAGGAGCUGGCUUAUGUCCCCAUCGCAGUAUCGGAGAGUUGGCUUAUGUUCCCAUCGCAGUAUCGGAGGAGCUGGCUUAUGUUCCCAUCGCAGUAUCGGAGGAGCUGGCUUAUGUUCCCAUAAUAUCGGAGGAGCUGGCUUAUGUUCCCAUCGCAGUAUCGGAGGAGCUGGCUUAUGUUCCCAUCGCAGUAUCGGAGGAGCUGGCUUAUGUUCCCAUCGCAGUAUCGGAGGAGCUGGCUUGGUUCCCAUCGCAGUAUCGGAGGAGCUGGCUUAUGUUCCCAUCGGAGUAUCGGAGGAGCUGGCUUAUGUUCCCUCUCGCAAGUAUGGGAGAAGCUGGCUUAUCUUACCAUCGAAGUAUCGGGAGCUGGCUUAUGUUCCCAUCGCAGUAUCGGAGGAGCUGGCUUAUGUUCCCAUCGCAGUAUCGGAGGAGCUGGCUUAUGUUCCCAUCGAAGUAUCGGAGGAGCUGGCAUAUGUUCCCAUCGCAGUAUCGGAGAAUUUGUCCCCAUCGAAGCAUCGGAGAAGUUGUCAUAUGUUCCCAUCGCAGUAUCGGAGGAGCUGGCUUAUGUUCCCAUUGCAGUAUCGGAGGAGCUGUCUCAUGUUCCCAUCGAAGUAUCGGAGGAGCUGGCUUAUGUUCCCAUCGCAGUAUCGGAGGUGCUGGCAGUAUUAUGUUCCAAUCGCAGUAUCGGAGGAUCUGGCUAAUGUUCCCAUCGCAGUAUCGGAGGAUUCUGGCUUAUGUUCCCAUCGCAGUAUCGGAGGAGCUGGCUUAUGUUCCCAUCGUAGUAUUGGAGGAGCUGGCAUAUGUUCCCAUCGCAGUAUCGGAGGAGCUUGUAUUGGCGUUCCCCAUCGCAGUAUGUUCCCAUCGAAGUAUCGAAGGAUCUGGCUUAUGUUCCCCAUCGCAGUAUCGGAGAAUCUGGCUUAUGUUCCCAUCGAAGUAUUGGAGGAGCUGGCUUAUGUUCCCAUCGCAUUAUCGGAGGGACUGGCUUAUGUUUCCCAUCGCAGUAUCGGAAGACGUGGCUUAUGUUUCCAUCGCAGUAUCGAAGGAUCUGGCAUAUGUUCCCCUCGCAGUAUCGGAGGAGGUGGCUUAUGUUCCCCUCGCAGUAUCGGAAGCUGGCUUAUUCCCCAUCGCAGUAUCGGAGGAGCUGUCUUAUGUUCCCAUCGCAGUAUCGGAAGACGUGGCUUCAGUUUCCAUCGAAGUAUCGAAGGAUCUGGCAUAUGUUCCCAUCGCAGUAUCGGAGGAGCUGGCUUAUGUUCCCCUCGCAGUAUCGGAGGAGCUGGCUUAUGUUCCCCAGUAUCGCAGUAUCGGAAGGAGCUGGCUUAUGUUCCCAUCGCAGUAUCGGAAGGAUCUGGCUUAUGUUCCCCAUCGCAGUAUCGGAGGAGCUGGCUUAUGUUCCCAUCGCAGUAUCGGAGGAGCUGGAUUAUUUUCCCAUCGCAGUAUCGGAGGCUGGCUUAUGUUCCCCAUCGCAGUAUCGGAGGGCUGGAUUAUGUCCCCAUCGCAGUAUCGGAGGAGCUCUCUUAUGUUCCCACAGUAUCGGAGGAGGUGGCUUAUGUUCCCAUCGAAGUAUCGGAAGAGCUGGCAUAUGUUCCCAUCGCAGUAUCGGAGGAGCUGGCUUAUGUUCCCAUCGCAGUAUCGGUGGAGGCUGGCUUAUGUUCCAUCGCAGUAUCGGAGGAGCUGGCUCAUGUUCCAUCAUCGCAGCUGGCUAUGUUCCUAUCGCAGUAUCGGAGGAGCUGGCUUAUGUUCCCCAUCGCAGUAUCGGAGGAGCUGGCUUAUGUUCCCAUCGCAGUAUCGGAGGAGCUCAUAUGUUCCCAUCGCAGUAUCGGAGAGCUGGCUUAUGUUCCAUCGCAGUAUCGGAGGAGCUGGCUUAUGUUCCCAUCGCAGUAUCGGACCAAGCUGGCUUAUGUUCCCAUCGCAGUAUCGGAAGAGCUGGCUAUAUGUUCCCAUCGAAGUAUCGGAGGAGCUGGCUUAUGUCUCAUCGCAGUAUCGGAGGAGUUGGCUUAUGUCCCAUCGCAGUAUCGGAGGAGCUGGCAUAUGUCCCCAUCGCAGUAUCGGAGGAGCUGGCUUAUGUUCCCAUCGCAGUAUCGGAGGAGCUGGCUCAUGUUCCCAUCGAAGUAUCGGAGGAGCUGGCUUAUGUUCCCAUCGCAGUAUCGGAGGAGCUGGCUUAUGUUCCCAUCGCAGUAUCGGAGGAGCUGGCUUAUGUUCCCAUCGAAGUAUCGGAGGAGCUGGCUUAUGUUCCCAUCGCAGUAUCGGAGGAGCUGGCUUAUGUUCCCAUCGCAGUAUCGGAGAAGUUGUCAUAUGUUACCAUCGAAGUAUCGGAGGAGCUGGCAUAUAUUUCCCAUCGCAGUAUCGGAGAGUUGUCACGUUCCCAUCGCAGUAUCGGAAGACGUGGCUUAUGUUUCCAUCGAAGUAUCGAAGGAUCUGGCAUAUGUUCCCAUCGCAGUAUCGGAGGAGCUGUCUUAUGUUCCCAUCGCAGUAUCGGAGGAGCUGGCUUAUGUUCCCAUCGCAGUAUCGGAGGAGCUGGCUUAUGUUCCCAUCGCAGUAUCGGAGGAGUUGGCUUAUGUUCCCAUCGCAGUAUCGGAGGAGCUGGCUUAUGUUCCCAUCGCAGUAUCGGAGGAGCUGGCUUAUGUGCCCCAUCGCAUGUUCCCAUAUCGGAGGAGCUGGCUUAUGUACCCAUCGCAGUAUCGGAAAAGCUGUCUUAUGUUCCAUCGCAGUAUCGGAGGAGCUGGCUUAUGUUCCCAUCGAAGUAUCGGAGGAGCUGGCUUAUGUGUUCCCAUCGCAGUAUCGGAGGAGCUGGCUUAUGUUCCCAUCGCGGUAUCGGAGAAUUGGGCUUAUGUUCCCCAUCGCAGUAUCGGAGGAGCUGGCUUAUGUUCCCAUCGCAGUAUCGAAGGAGCUGUCUUAUGUUCCCAUCGCAGUAUCGGAGGAGCUGGCUUAUGUUUCAUCGAAGUAUAGGAGGAGCUGGCUUAUGUGCCCCAUCGCAGUAUCGGAGGAGCUGGCUCAUGUUCCCAUCGCAGUAUCGGAGGAGCUGGCUUAUGUUCCAUCGGAGUAUCGGAGGAGCUGGCUUAUGUUCCCAUCGCGGUAUCGGAGGAGCUGGCUUAUGUUCCCCAUCGCAGCUGGUAUCGCAGUAUCGGAGCUGGCUUAUGUUCCCCAUCGCAGUAUCGGAGGAUGGCUUAUGUUCCCAUCGCAGUAUCGGAAGAGCUGGCUUAUGUUCCCAUCGCAGUAUCGGAGGAGCUGGCUUAUGUUCCCCAUCCGCGGUAUCGGAGAGCUGUCUUAUGUUCCCAUCGCAGUAUCGGAGGGCUGGCUGUUCCAUCGCAAUAUCGGAGGAGCUGGCUUAUGUGCCCAUCGCAGUAUCGGAGGAGCUGGCUUAUUUCCCAUCGCAGUAUCGGAGGAGCUGGCUUAUGUUCCAUCGCAGUAUCGGAGGCUGGCUUAUGUUCCCAUCGAAGUAUCGGAGGAGCUGGCUUAUGUUCCAUCGAAGUAUCGGAGAUCUGUCUUAUGUUCCAUCGCAGUAUCGGAGGAGCUGGCUUAUGUCCCCAUCGCAGUAUCGGAGAAGCUGUCAUAUGUUCCCAUCGAAGUAUCGGAGGAGGCAACAUGUUCCCAUCGCAGUAUCGGAGGCGCUGGCUUAUGUUCCCAUCGCAGUAUCGGAGGAGCUGGUCAUAUGUUACCAUCGAAGUAUCGGAGGAGUUCCCCAUUGUAUAUGUCUAAUGUUCCCAUCGCAGUAUCGGAGGCUGGCUUAUGUUCCCAUCCAUCGCAGUAUCGGAGGAGCUGGUUUAUGUUCCCAUCGCAGUAUCGGAGUUGUCAUAUGUUACCAUCGGCUCAGGUUGGCAUAUGUUCCAUCGCAGUAUCGGAGGAUCUGGCUUAUGUUCCCAUCGCAGUAUCGGAGGAGCUGGCUUGUGUUCCCCAUCGCAUAUCGGAGGAGCUGGCUUAUGUUCCCAUCGCAGUAUCGGAUGAGCUGUCAUAUGUUCCCAUCGAAGUAUCGGAGGAGCUGGCUUAUGUUCCCAUCGCAGUAUCGGAGGAGCUGGCUUAUAUUUCCCAUCGCAGUAUCGGAGAAGCUUAUCGGAGGAGCUGGCUUAUGUUCCCAUCGCAGUAUCGGGAGGAGCUGGCAUAUGUUCCCAUCGAAGUAUCGGAGGAGCUGUCUUAUGUUCCCAUCGCAGUAUCGGUAUCUGGCUUAUGUUCCAUAGUAUCGGAGCGCUGGCUAUCAGGUUCCCCAUCAAGUAUGGUUCUUAUGUUCCCAUCGCAGUAUCGGAGGAGCUGGCUUAUGUUCCCAUCAUGUAUCGGAGGAGCUGGCUUAUGUUCCCAUCGCAGUAUCGGAGCUGGCUUAUGUUCCCAUCGCAGUAUCGGAGGAGCUGGCUUAUGUCCCCAUCGCAGUAUCGGAGAUGGCUCAUAUUUCCCCCAUCGAAGUAUCGGAGAGCUGGCUUAUGUUCCCAUCGCAGUAUCGGAGGAGCUGGCUCAUGUCCCCAUCGCAGUAUCGGAGGAGCUUGCUAAUGUUCCCAUCGCAGUAUCGGACGAGCUGGCUUAUGUUACCAUCGAAGUAUCGGAGGAGCUGGCUUAUGUUCCCAUCGCAGUAUCGGAGGAGCUGGCUUAUGUUCCCAUCGAAGUAUCGGAGGAGCUGGCUUAUGUUCCCAUCGCAGUAUCGGAGGAGCUGGCUUAUGUUCCCAUCGCAGUAUCGGAGGAGCUGGCUUAUGUUCCCAUCGCAGUAUCGGAGGAGCUGGCUUAUGUUCCCAUCGCAGUAUCGGAAGAGCUGGUUUAUGUUCCCAUCGAAGUAUCGGUCGGGCAUAUGUCCCCAUCGCAGUAUCGGAGGAGCUGGCUUAUGUUCCCAUCGAAGUAUCGGAUGAGCUGGCUUAUGUUCCCAUCGAAGUAUCGGAGGAUCUGGCUUAUGUUCCCAUCGCAGAAUCGGAGGAGCAGUAUGGCUUAUGUUCCCCCUCGCAUAUCGGAGAAGUUGUCAUAUGUUACCAUCGAAGUAUCAGAGGAGCUGGCUUAUGUUCCUAUCGCAGUAUCGGUGGAGCUGGCUUAUGUUACCAUCGAAAUAUCGGAGGAGAUGGCUUAUGUUCCCAUCGCAGUAUCGGAGGAGCUGGCUUAUGUUCUCAUCGAUGUAUCGGAGGACCUGGCUUAUGUUCCCAUCGCAGUAUCGGAGGAGCUGGCUUAUGUCCCCAUCGCAGUAUCUGAGAAGUUGUCAUAUGUUACCAUCGAAGUAUCGGAGGAGCUGGCUUAUGUUCCCAUCGCAGUAUCGGAGGAGCUGGCUCAUGUCCCCAUCGCAGUAUCGGAGGGCUGGCUUAUGUAUCCCCAUCGCUUAUGUUAUCGGACGAGCUGGCUUAUGUUACCAUCGAAGUAUCGGAGGAGCUGGCUUAUGUUCCCAUCGCAGUAUCGGAGGAGCUGGCUUAUGUUCCCAUCGAAGUAUCGGAGCUUGGCUUAUGUUCCCCAUCGCAGUAUCGGAGGAGCUGGCUUAUGUUCCCAUAGCAGUAUAGGAGGAGCUGGCUCAUGUUCCCAUCGCAUAUCGGAAGACGUGGCUUAUGUUUCAAUCGAAGUAUCGAAGGAUCUGGCAUAUGUUCCCAUCGCAGAAUCGGAGGAGCUGGCUUAUGUUCCCAUCGCUGUAACGGAGGGGCUGGCUUAUGUUCCCAUCGCAGUAUCGGAGGAGCUGGCUUAUGUUCCCAUCGCAGUAUCGGAGGCGCUGGCUUAUGUUCCCAUCGCAGUAUCGGAAGAGCUGGCUCAUGUUCCCAUCGCAGUAUCGGAAAAGCUGGCUUAUUUUCCCAUCGCAGUAUCGGAAGUGCUGGCUUAUGUUCCCAUCGCACUCUAUCCCAAUCUAUCUAUCUAUCUAUCUAUCUAUCUAUCUAUCUAUCUAUCUAUCUAUCUAUAUAUAUAUAUAUAUAUAUAUAUAUAUAUAUAUAUAUACUACGACCCUAUCUUAAUUACGGAUAAUUUUUUAUAUCUAUCUAUCUAUCUAUCUAUCUAUCUAUCUAUCUAUCUAUCUAUUUUUUCUAUCUCCAAACUCUCUCCUAUACUGAAAUUUCUUGCCCUCUAA